CAGCACCUGACGAACUACAUUGCAGAAUAUUGCCUCGGACGGUUAUGGAAGGUGUCCAAGAAUAGUGUAGUAUCCAUCCCAGAGAUAACUACUUAUAUACAUAAUUCAUUUCCCUUAGACACCCAGAACAUUAUCUUUCCCAACAGAUACUCCCACAAUGAUCAACGAGCAGAAACCAGUAGUCGGAUGGAUUGGUUUGGGGGCUAUGGGUAGCGGCAUGGCUGCUAGUCUUGUUUCCCAAGGAUACAAAGUACAAGCGUUUGAUGUCUACCCGCCCUCCCUCAAGCGAGUGGCAGAACAAGGGGCCAUCCCAAGCUCCUCUCCUCGGGAUGCUGCCGAAGGGGUUCAAGUCCUUUGUUUGAUGGUGGUCAACGCCCAGCAAGUGGAAGAGACUCUGUUUGGCAAAGAUGGAGGCGUUGCGGAGAUAUUGAAAAAUGGCGCCUCUAUCAUUGUCUUCUCUACUGUACCCCCUUCCUUCUUGGUUGAGGUCGCCAGGAGGUUGGAUAAGCUGGGCAAGAACAUCGGGCUCGUCGAUUCCCCAGUAUCGGGAGGUUCGACUCGUGCUGCCCAGGGACAGCUCGCCAUCAUGUCAUCAGGCACUCCCUCCUCCAUUGCUACAGCUCGUACUGUCCUCGAUUCCCUUACUCUUCCUCCCCAAGGUGGUCUUACUCUGGUUGGAGACAGAGUGGGCAUUGCCAGCGAUUUCAAAAUGAUUAAUCAGGUAUUUUGCGCGGUUAGUAUUGCGGCACAGGGGGAGGCCUUGGGUCUUGCGAAGGCUUUGGGACUAAAUGUCAGGACGGUAUAUGAGAUAGUCAAGCAGACAACAGGAGACAGCUUCAUGUUUGGCCACCGAGCUCCUUGGUCUAUCCGUCCUGACCCCAUUCCCAAGUCGGCGAUGACCAUCAUCAACAAAGACAUCGCCAUCGUGAUGGGUGAAGCUAGACGGGAUCACUUUCCUGCGCCUUUAAGUGCCGCCGCUGAACAGCUAUACACUGCUGCACUGGCUGUGGGGCUCGAGAAGGAAGAGGACGGCUUGGUGUCAAAGUUUUGGGAGAAGCUAGGCGGAGAGCCGAUUGCCGAGCAAGGGACCGAGGAAGAAGAGAUUGAAAAGGCCAGAGAGCUUGUGAUCAAGCCCGGCAAGAAAGUUCAGAAGGUCCUGUUGGCCACCAAAAAUAUCGACAGCCGAAUAUCUUACCUGAAAGAGACCCUGAAAAAAGCCGGAGUGGAAGUUGUCGAGCAGGGGAAGGAGGUUGAUGCGGUAAUUGUCUCUGCUGGAAGUGCUGCUGCUGUGGAAGAGCUUUUAUUGCACAUCUCGUCCGCGGGCCUUUCUGUAAAUACUCCUGUCAUCAUCAUCAGCAACGUCUUGCCCUCCUCCCGACUCUCUCAACUUGCCAUUGAGAUCAAGCCUCUUCAACUGAUCGAUGCGCCUACAGCUGGAGGCAGCAAAGAGGCCAAGGGGGGAUCUCUUACCGUUUUUGCUUCCGGAGAAGCGGAUGCCCUUUCAGCUUCUCAUUCUAUUCUUUCUGCCCUUUCUAUCCAGGGCGGCGACUCAACCAAGUUGCACUUCAUCGCAGGGGGCGUGGGUUCUGCCACGAAAGUAAAGGCCGUGAAUUCAUUACUAGAAGCUAUCCACUUGGCGGUGACUGGUGAAGGGUUUGCGUUUGCCAAGCAUAAGGGAAUGGACAUUGAAAAGGUAUUCAAGGUCUUAUCUGGGGGAGCGGCGAGGUCUUUCAUCAUGGGUGACCGUUUCCCUAGAAUAAUCAAGAAAAGCAGUCAGGAUGCGCCUGAAAAUACAGUCUCAACCUUGUGGAAUGACCUCUCAAUCACUCUUGCAGAGGCUAAGCAACACAAGUGCCCCUUUUUCUUGACCCAGGCCGCUAUGCAGCAGCUGGAGAGGCUUCACAGUAGCGGGUACGCCGACGCAGACGACAGUAGUAUCAUCAAGCUUUGGGAAGAGACUGGGGUGAAAAUCUAACGGAAUAAAGGGUGGUUUUGAUGCCAGGAUGAGGUAGACAGGUCAGAAGAAGUUUUUAAAUGCAAAAAUGGUUCACUAUCGG